CCUUGAGUUGUGGCGAGCGGCCAAUCAGCGGCGACGCAAACAAAGCAGGGUUCCGCCUCACUCCACCGGACCACAUCAGGUGCAAAAUCUGGCAUCCGUGGACAUCAUCUGCAUUGCUCACCAUACUUUGAUGCUGCCUGAUCUGCGCCGUGAUUAUGGCUACACGUGUCGUGAUAGUCGGUGCGGGCGUCGUGGGACUCACGACGGCCCUUGUCUUGUCCAAGCACAGGGACCUUGACAUCACGGUCGUGGCCAAGCAUAUGCCUGGUGACUAUGACAUAGAAUACGCAUCCCCCUGGGCGGGAGCAAACUACUUUCCCGUCGGAACGCCGGGGUCAAACCUGCAAAAGUUUGAGAAGGCGACUUGGGGUGAAUUGGACAGGAUCUGCCGAGAGGUGCCGGAAGCAGGCAUUCAUUACCAAGAGACGGUCAUUUACGGGAGGAAGAAGGACGCGGGAACUGCUACAGGGCAGUGGUUCAAAGAGCUAGUUAGAGAGGAUGCGUGGUUUAAGGAUGUCGUUCCAAAUUUCCGCGUCCUACCUAAAUCCGAGCUACCCUCAGACUGCGAUACCGGUACCUCCUUCACCAGUGUCUGCAUCAACACCGCCAUCUUCCUCCCCUGGCUUCUCGGUCAAUGCGUCAAAAACGGCGUCACCUUCAAACGCGGAAUCCUCACUCACAUUAACGAAGCUUCCCUGCACCACACCUCCGGCAGCGCCUCCAUAAUCAUCAACUGCACCGGUCUGUUAGCCUCCAAGCUCGGGGGCGUCUUGGACUCCAACGUGUACCCCGGGCGCGGACAGAUCGUGCUCGUGAGAAACGAGCCUAGAGUGAUGGUCACGGUGAGUGGGACAGACGAUGGAGACGAUGAGGCAACGUACAUCAUGCAGCGCGCUGUCGGCGGGGGCACGAUUCUCGGUGGAUGCUUACAGCAUGGGAAUUGGGAAUCACAGCCUGACCCGAAUCUUGCGCAGCGCAUCAUGCAGCGCUCUAUCGAUCUAUGUCCUGCGCUGGCGCCGAAGACGGGAAAGGUGACGGAGUUGAGCGUGAUAAGACAUGGCGUGGGACUGCGGCCGAUGAGGAAGGGUGGCCCGAGGGUUGAGAGAGAGAGAAUCGGGGGAAACUGGGUGGUGCAUAAUUAUGGGCAUGCGGGGUAUGGAUAUCAGAGCGGGUUUGGGAGUGCGUGGGAGGCGGAGAGGUUGGUCAACGAUAUCUUGCGAGAGAGGGCGAGAUUAUAAAUUAGAUUACGAGGUCCUUCCUUCCCUUUGAUGCCGCUAUAGACUGGUAGAUGUGGUAGAUGUGGUAGAUGCAGCUCGUCAGAUUUUCUGACAACAAUGCCGCCCUGAGCAGCUCGUUUAUAGCUUCAUCUGCGCCAGGUUCGUCACCAUUUCUCGGCCCGUAAUCCAGGUAGUUCUCCAAA